GUCGGGGCUCCCCCCCCGCCCGCGCUCGCCGCGGCGGUGGUGCGUCCCGGAGGUUACCGGAAGUGGCCGCGCUCGGCGCUGCCAUGUUGAGGAGCCGCCGCUGCCGCUGCCGCCGCCGCCGCCGCCGCUUUGUUGUCGCCUCCUCCGCCUGAGGAGGCUCCCCGAGCGGGGGGAGUGGGGAGGAGGGGGGUCGGCCGCUGCAGCCAUGGAGGCCAACUGGACCGCGUUCCUGUUCCAGAGAACAAGUUGGGGAAACCCAGUUCCCCUCUUAGAAGGCUUCAUAUAGAAGUGUGGGGAUCCUAGGAAUCCUCAGAGAGUGAUUCCCGUAGUGGGCGAGGCAUUCUACAGCAUUUCACCCGAGAAGCAGGGACCUGGUGUGACCCUCCUGUGAGAGUGAGCUUCAGCAAUGCUGUAAAAAUACUUUAUGUUGCCACAGACAUCUGAAUUGGUAAAAUGGCAGCCCACGAAGCCUCCCAUCACCAACAGCAGGCAGCACAGAACAGCUUGCUGCCCCUCCUGAGCUCUGCUGUGGAGCCCCCUGAUCAGAAACCAUUGCUUCCAAUACCAAUAACUCAGAAACCUCAGGCUGCUCCAGAAACAUUAAAGGAUGCCAUUGGGAUUAAAAAAGAAAAACCCAAAACUUCCUUUGUGUGCACUUACUGCAGUAAAGCUUUCAGGGACAGCUAUCACCUGAGGCGCCACGAGUCCUGCCACACAGGCAUCAAGUUGGUGUCCCGGCCAAAGAAAACCCCCACCACGGUGGUUCCCCUUAUCUCCACCAUCGCUGGGGACAGCAGCCGAACUUCGUUGGUCUCAACCAUUGCAGGCAUCUUGUCAACAGUCACUACAUCUUCCUCGGGCACCAACCCCAGCAGCAGUGCCAGCACCACAGCUAUGCCCGUGACGCAGUCUGUCAAGAAACCCAGUAAGCCUGUCAAGAAGAACCAUGCUUGUGAGAUGUGUGGGAAGGCCUUCCGAGAUGUGUACCACCUCAAUCGGCACAAGCUCUCCCAUUCGGACGAAAAGCCCUUCGAGUGUCCUAUUUGUAAUCAGCGCUUCAAGAGGAAGGACCGGAUGACUUACCAUGUGAGGUCUCACGAAGGAGGCAUCACCAAACCCUAUACUUGCAGUGUUUGUGGGAAAGGCUUCUCGAGGCCUGACCACUUAAGCUGUCACGUAAAACAUGUCCAUUCAACAGAAAGACCCUUCAAAUGCCAAUUUUCCUCCCUCAUGCAGACGUGCACUGCUGCCUUUGCCACCAAAGACAGACUGCGGACACACAUGGUACGCCACGAAGGCAAGGUAUCCUGUAACAUCUGUGGGAAGCUCCUGAGCGCAGCAUACAUCACCAGCCACUUAAAGACACACGGGCAGAGCCAAAGUAUCAACUGUAAUACAUGUAAACAAGGCAUCAGUAAAACAGCGUGCAUGAGUGAAGAGACCAGCAGCCAGAAGCAGCAGCAGCAGCAGCAGCAGCAUGUGACGAGCUGGCCAGGGAAGCAGGUAGAGACGCUGAGACUGUGGGAAGAAGCUGUCAAAGCAAGAAAGAAAGAAGCUGCUAACCUGUGCCAAACCUCCACGGCUGCUACGACACCUGUGACUCUCACUACUCCAUUCAAUAUAACGUCCUCUGUGUCGUCUGGGACUAUGUCAAACCCAGUCACAGUGGCAGCUGCAAUGAGCAUGAGAAGUCCAGUAAAUGUUUCAAGUGCAGUUAACAUAACCAGCCCAAUGAACAUAGGGCACCCUGUGACUAUAACCAGUCCAUUAUCCAUGACCUCUCCAUUAACACUCACUACCCCAGUCAACCUCCCCACCCCCGUCACUGCCCCAGUGAAUAUAGCACACCCUGUCACCAUCACGUCUCCAAUGAACCUGCCCACGCCUAUGACUCUAGCUGCCCCUCUCAAUAUAGCAAUGAGGCCUGUAGAGAGCAUGCCUUUCUUACCCCAAGCUUUGCCUACAUCACCACCUUGGUAAACAGUAUUAUAAAAUCAAAAUAUGGGUUAAAGUAAAUAUUUACCAGCAACUUUUAGUUUAUUAAAGCAAAAAGUAAACCAUGAAAUUGGGAGAUUUAUUACAUUAGUUAAUAAUAGUGUAGUAGCAUUAUUCUCCAAUUUGGCUGGGAUUGUUCAAAGUAGGGUGUGUAUGUCACUUAUCACUGGACCACUUUAGUUUAAUCAGAAAUUCCUUUUAGCUGACAGCAUUGCUUAAACAGGAUAGUAGUUGGCAAGAUGAAACGCCGGAAUUAAAACCAAUCAUAAAAAAACAAAACCCAUUUCAAAAUUAAAAAGCAGCAUUACUGUUUCUGAUCCCAAGAAAUCAUUUUAUUCUGAACACUAGCAGAACUCUUCUCCCCAUAUAUACAAGGUGGAUGGCUGAUCUUAACCUGUUCUAAAUCCAUGGAUUGAGAGCUAGUGUAAAAUUGUCUGUGUUUAUUGUUUUUAUGAGUAAAUACAUGCAUUGUCAUAAUAAAAUGCAUUUCAGAGAAUAUGCAUUUUACCUUUGGGAAUAUGUUAAUUUCAGGCAGCAUUCCCUAUGGGAAAGGUGAUACCAGCUCUGAUAUGCAAAGCAUAUGAUAAUUUAUCAUUCUAUCUUCAACAUAUAAUAGGGAUUGUGACCUGAUAUUUGGAGAUGUAAAUAUUGCUCAGCAUACUAAUCCUGAUGGAAUAUAGCAUUGUAGUUGACUUUUUUAAAAAAAUUUUAAAAAAAAAACAAACAAAAUAUACACAUUGUGUUUUGGUAAGAAAAGGCCGCAGCUGACAGAGGAGAAGUCAAGUGUGCGGACUGGCAGACUCCUAACAAACGGAGGCCAAUGGGACUCCUAUCUAGGGGUCAAGGAGUACUUUGGAACAGUUAAAAUAUAUUGCUUUAAUUGGAAGACGCUGGAGGCACUGGGAUGUGAUAUGCCCCUCUCUCUCCCAAUCAGAGUCUGUUGAUAUUUCAACAGGGAAAGAUGUGUUAGUUGCUCACUAGAGUUUAUGUCUUAUAUUAAAUUGUAUACAGUUUUUAUUCUAACCACUAACUAGGUAGUAUGCCCCUUCAGAACAAGCAGAGUGUAUCUUUUUUUUAAUUUCUCCUUCUGUUUCUUAAUCAAGUAUUGUGCAGAUUUGUUCAACUUUGUAAAUAUGGACAUCACUUUUUUUCCUUUGAGAAAACACUUGUAUCAGCUUUGUCGGGUUUUCAGGGAGACAGCUGUCUGCACUCCCUGCAGAAAUCCAGCAAUGAUUGUGCACGUUAAGACAUGUGCUUUUUAUUUCUUAGCAGGAUGUUUUAUCUCUGUACAUAAAGUAGAAACCAAAAGCUAGGGAGACAGAUACUCUUUACACCAUCAUGCCACACAUUAAUGUUUUUAAAACAUUGUGUUUUGAAAAAAAGUUACUAAAACCAAGAUGCUGUGAUUUAUUUUUUUUUAAGUUGCAAUAUGUUUUUGGUUUUUUUUCCUUUUUUUAAUCUUGAAGUUAAGAGAAAUGGACAUUAGUUGUGUUAAUCUUGCAGAAUGUUUGCAGGACUGACUAUCAAACUGGAUGACUUCCAUUUAUACCCCACUGUGUCAGUUCAGGCAUCAAAAUACCUUGCAUCUGAGGCAGACUUCCUACAUCAGGGACAGGUAUCUGUGUGUCAUUAUACAAAACAGUUCGAGGGGGUUGAACUACGUAGUAAAAAAAUGAAAUAAAUAGUACUUAGUGUAAAAUAAUUUUAUAAAUGAUCUUUUGUACUUUAGGACAUUAAAUUGUACAACUUUUGUAUAUAUAAAAGCUUAGGAACUUUCUGUUUAGCAGGAAGGCAACACAUUCCUACACUUUUAAUGUAUAUGUUUGUUAUAAUGUCCAUGUAAACAUGCCCUAUGUUUGUGCCUUUUAAUUAGUUUGUCUCAAUAAACAAAAUGUAGAGAAAAAUAUGUAGCUAUGACUUUGUUACAACUGUUCCUAUCCACAGUACCAAAAUGGUUUGUUUUUAAUAUGUAGAGCAUUAUGUGUGGACUACUGGAAGGACUCGUGUAGGGAAGGCCCAUGCGUGGCCCUGCUGAGGCCUCGAUUGGGCAGGUCGUGGCCACAUUUGGAGGAAGCCAACGUUUCCUGGCAUGCAGCCCCAGGACCGGGUUCUGGCUCUGCCUGCUGGGACCUGCCAUCUCUCUGUGGCUGGGCUGGCAAUCACAAUCCUCUAUGAUUGAGAUGGCCCCGGCUUCCUCCACAAUGGCCCAAGGAGCAGUCCUCAGUGGGGGCAGGUGUGGACCCUACCCCCAGGCUAGAGUGUGGUCGUCAGAACCCUGAAAGUAUUAGUUCUUUAAAAAAAAAAAAAAAAGAUAUAUACUAGGAAUGAUUGCUUUAUCAAUUCAUUGUAUAAUAAACAGGAGUGAGACUUCAUUGUAUGACUUCAGUUAAAAUGAUAUUUUGUAUGCAUUCUUUAUUCACUUAAGCUUGUCUGCAAUAAUAAACCCAUGUCGUGUCUUCUUUUGGGAGGGAGAGAGUUGGCAGGCUGGGGGUGGCAGUGGGCCACUGAAAGCAGGGGCCGAGUAGGUUGUGUGGUGAAAUUCUCCUGUCUUGGAACUGGAAUUGAGUUUUGAUGCUGAUGAACUGAUUCAACCAAGUGUUGAAGGCACGACGGCCACCGCUCACGAGAAAAGCAGAGAGUUUGUUUUUCUCUUCUGGUUGUAACCUGGUUGAGAGCUUCCCCUUUAUCAGAUUGGCAGCUAAACAGUUGUAUUAGAUCAUUGUCAAAUCUGACAUCCAGCCUGUUACGCUCUAGGGCUCGCUGCUUGGCCUACAUUUGCCUUUUAUUGUGUAUCCAUUUCCCUCCUAAGGUGUGCUCCUAAACGAAGGUUUCUAUGUAAGCAGAUGGAUGAUUUUUCCUGUCAAUACCAGCACUGUAUUACUAACAUGCAAAAACUGCAGAUUUAUUUUGACAAAUUAAAGUUAACCGGUCACAAAUGUUA